AUGGUAGAAGUCAUCUGGCCCUUGUCGGUCGCCCCAUGCAAGCCUCAGGCUGGUGGUGUCUUGUCCUUGCGCAGGUAUAUCGAGGAGACACUUCGCAGAUCCAGAACAAGUUACUCUACCUUGCAGGUGGCUUUGUACUAUCUUGUCCUGAUCAUGCCUUGUGUUCCCAAGUCUGAUUUUACCAUGCAGCAGUCGGUCGAUUCGCCGUCGGUUCGUGCCCUGCAAUGUGGUCGCCGCAUGUUCCUUGCCGCUCUGAUCCUCGCGUCCAAGUACUUGCAGGAUCGCAACUACUCUGCCAAGGCAUGGAGCAAGAUGUCGGGACUCAAGGUUGCUGAGAUCAACCUUAACGAACGCGCCUUCCUCGAGGCGGUUAACUGGAAGCUACACCUCCCUGAGCCCCUGUUCAAGCGUUGGACUGAAGUUGUCUUGCGCUACACCCCUGGCCAGGCUCCUCCA